CUGGAAAUCGUCAGUGGUCCGGGGCCAUUAAACGCGUUUUAUGUGUCUUGCAAUUUGAUCCUGCAGCGCUCAGUGCGCCGAUCAGAGAGUAACAGAGAGUAAUUUACGCGAAUUCCUCAGCAUCGUGUGGACUCUCUGCAGGUGGGCUGAACUUAUAAUCCAAAAUUGUAACUACGGUACCACUAAGUCUGCUGUCAACAUUGUGUUACUAUUUAUAUUUAUAAAUAUAUAAUAAUAAAUAAUAAUAAUAAUAAACAACGCACGCGUUAUAUAUAUGUAUAUUUUUAAGGAUCGAUAAAUCGUUCGAUCAUCGGUCGCAACAAUUUCGUGCACUCGACGAGUGCACGACAAAAAAUAAAAAAAAAUACAUACGACAUUGAGGGCAUCGUCUCUGCAAUAUUUGGUAAAUGAUUGCUAGUUGUUGAAGUGUAAUGCAGGGCAUUAUGCCAGUUAAAACUAAAACGAGAGUACCAGAAAGUAUGGGUGUUUCUGGAGACCUGGUUGAUGCUCGUGCUAAGCAAGUUCUUCGGGAAGCUGUUGAUGCUGUUGUUAAUAGUUUUGCUAAACAUACUCAAGGAUAUGGAAGAGUUAAUGUCGUGGAGGCAUUGCAAGAGUUCUGGCAGAUGAAACAAAGUAGAGGUACGGAGUUAAGAAACGGCGCAUUGGUUAUUUAUGAAUCAGUACCUGGUGCAAGCCCUCCAUAUGUUUGCUAUGUAACACUACCUGGUGGUUCUUGCUUUGGUAGCUUUCAAAGUUGUCCAACAAAAGCCGAAGCACGUAGGUCAGCUGCUAAAAUAGCACUGAUGAAUUCAGUGUUCAAUGAACAUCCGUCGAGGAAAAUAACUGAUGAUUUUAUUGAGAAAGCUGUCGCCGAGGCCAGAGCUAGUUUUAAUAAACCAGCCUCGACUUCCAAUGGUCAAUCACAGAAUAGCGGAGAUGAAAAGGAAGAUCCUAAUACAGGUAUUGGUGCAUUUCGCUUUAUGUUAGAGUGCAAUCGUGGCAGAACAAUGUUAGAGUUCCAAGAAUUGAUGACUGUAUUCCAAUUGCUGCAUUGGAAUGGAUCAUUAAAAGCAAUGAGAGAAAGACAAUGCAGCAGACAAGAAGUCGUUGCUCAUUACAGCCAUCGUGCUCUUGAUGAUGACAUGCGAAGCCAAAUGGCACUUGAUUGGGUUGCUAGGGAACACGAAAAUGGUGGCGGAGUUGUUGCUAUGGAACUUGCUCUUGCUGAGAGAGAAUUGGAGACUGCUAGACUUGCUGGCCGUGAAUUACGAUUCCCUAAAGAGAAAAAAGAUAUUCUCAUGCUUGCUCAUGCUCAAGUCUGUCCACAGUAAAUUUUAAAUUAUUAUUAUUUCUUUUCAUUAGGACUAUUGAACCGGUUAUAACAGUAAAUCAGCAUUUUUAAUUAACGUUUUACUGCGGUUAUUGAAAUUAUUUUUAGUAAUUAAUUCAUUAUUGGCAGAAAUUUACAAGCUACAUCGACUCAUCGAAUAUUUCUCGUUUAUUAAUUAGGAUUCAUGAAUAUUUAAUAACAUUAAAUUUUUUUUUUAGACAACCUUAGAAAAUUUUUAUGAAUUUAAGUUCAAUUAGAAAAUUUAAUGAAAUCUUUUUAUUUAGUAAAUUAUUUAUUCAUAUAUAUAUAUUUUUUUUUACUAAAAAUUAUAUUAUUUUUUUUACAAUGAGAUGAGAAUUAUUUUUACAAUUUGAAGGCGUUAAAUUUAUUUGAGUUACUGCAUAUUAUUAUCACUUUAAUUACUCUUAUUAAAUAUCUCCGCGUUAUUUUUUACUAUUAUUAUUAUUUUAUUUAAUAAAAUGGGGAUUGAAAUACUAGAUCGCUAGGAAUUUAAUUUUCAUUGAUAAAUUAUUUGGCCAGUGUCGUUAUUAAAAAAAAAAAAAAAUUAAUUAAUUAAACAAAAGAUUAAUGUAAUUAAUCGGUUUAUUUAUAACAAUAAAAUUACAUUUUAAGGCCAUUCGCAGACUGCCUCGAGUUUUUAAAAAUUUUCAAUAACUCAGCUGCUGUAAGAAUAAUAAAUUUUAUUAAUGAAUUAAAAAUAGUUGAAGCAUUAAUUGAAAAAUUACUUACAGUUGAUAUCAAUUAGGAUUGAGGUUAAACGAAAUUUGAAAGAUAAAUUUCAGUAAAAUCUUCAUGUCAUUUUUAUAAUUAAAAUUUUUUAACUUAAUUCAACUCCCAAUUAAUAACAACUGCAAUUUUUUUUUAAAUUUUAAACCUCGGCGAAAUUGCAACUGCCCUUUUUUCAAUAAAGGUUUUAAUUUUUUUAAAUUAAUUAAUAAAAUUUAAAUGCAAUUAUGACAGAUAAAAAUAAAUGGAUAAUUUUAAAAAAUUGGCAGCACUGUUUUAGAAUGUCCUUAAUUGAUUAAAUUAAUUAAUAAAUAAUUUGUAUAUAAAAGAGAAAGUUUAAAGCAAUUGUGGAGUCGCGAGAAUCCGCUUUUUAAACAAAGUCUUCCACUGUCAUUGUGUUGUUAUAAUUAUAUAUUGGGCAUUGAUUAAUUAAAUUCGCGAGCUUAAUGUUUGUGCCUAACUUGCCCAACCAAGUUAAGUUAAUUAUAGCAAUUAUAUUGUUUUUAAAAUACUUUAUUAAUUCAUUAUUUUUAUCGUGUCUUAUAUAUUUAGAUAUAGGUAUUAGAUAUUAAAUAAAUAUAUAUAUAAUAAACGUGGGAAGGCUAAGUAACUGAUUACACGAGAUUGUCUAUUUUUAUUUUAUUUUGUUUUUUAUAAAAUCUUGUGUUAUCUCGCGAAUAUUGUGUGAUAAAUAUCUAGUGUAAUAUUCAUUCUUCCAUUUUAUUGAUAUCAAAAUGUUAUUGUCUUUCUGCCAAACGUUUUGACACGUGAUAUAUCAUUACGUUUUUUUUUUUUAAUAAGACAGUAAGUUAGUUUGAGUAAAAUAUUAAUAUUUGUAUACUGAUAAAACAAAAUCGAAUAUGUUAUUUUUUGAU